GAUAGAGGGAGAGAAAGAGCCUGAAGAAAAGAGAAAGGAGACGGACGACAGGAGACGAAAGGCUGACACACAUUGAAAACCCCCACAAGAAAAAAUGCCCAAUUUUGCAGGGACAUGGAAAAUGAAAAGCAGCGAGAAUUUCGAAGAUUUGCUCAAAACCCUGGGUGUGAAUGCCAUGCUGAGGAAGGUAGCGGUGGCAGCUGCGUCCAAGCCACAUGUGGAGAUAAGACAAAAUGGCGAACACUUCUACAUCAAGACUUCUACCACAGUCCGCACCACGGAGAUCAACUUCGUCAUUGGAGAGGAGUUUAAUGAGGAGACGGUGGACGGCAGAAAGUGUAAGAGCUUGGCCACUUGGGAAACUGAAAACAAGAUUUACUGCAAACAGACUCUACUGAGCGGGAAUGGCCCAAAGACCUACUGGACCCGAGAACUCAACGGGGACGAACUCGUACUGACUUUUGGAGCCGAUGAUGUGGUGUGCACGCGGAUCUACGUGCGAGCAUAGCAGAAGUAACCAAUUUCAAUUUUCAACAAAUAAUGUCUCAGUCUCUGAACUUUCAGAGUGCAGAAUUUCACAUGAAAAUCAACCUCUCAAAUAAUCUGUUUUAAGUCAAUGUUUUUGCAUCUUCAUGAAAAAUCACAAUUUCAGAUGGAUAUCACUGCUUUUCUCCCUUUUUGUAUAUCAUUUUUUCAAGAAUUGGAAAUUAAACGAUCAAAUUAUGAUGUCUGUCUGUUAUAUUGUUGAAUUAAUGCUUGACAUCUCGGCACAGCAGAAAAGACAAAGAAGCAGCAGAAGUAGUGGAAGAAGUUGCUGGUCUGUGUGAGGACUGGCGUGGCCCGUGCUAUACAAACACGAUGGCAGAAAAUUAAAGAAGGAAGUGGUCAACUGAGAUUCUGUCUAUUUAAAGGAUAGUUUAAUGCUGAACACCAUACUAACACUCAUGUACAACAUCAUAAAAGUCAAGAGAAUAGACACAUUAAAACAAGGUACAAACAAUGUUAUGUACAAUCACCUCCCCGGGACUUCCUGUGGUAUUCCAUAUUAAACAUAGUAAAUAUAAAAAUAAAAACCCAAGUAAUAAACUGUUCCAAGAUUGUCUGUAGCUGGUUAUGUUACCGACCAGUGCCUUACAUGGAGCAUGAAAUGUAGUCAAGCAGCUUUUAGUUUUUUGCCAAUCUGCAUCUCUAUCCUAAACAUUUGGUGUGUUUGCUUCCAUCCUGCUCAUGUUAUGAUCCAUAUGUGAAAAACAAUAAAGAUAAUAAAGAUCUGAAUGUUUUCCUAAA